AUGAUGGAAUCCUUUGAACAACCAGAUUUUGCUGGUUACAUGAGAAAACGUGGUGGAUUUAACACGCUCGCUCAUCGUCGUCGAUGGUUCGAACUCCGUGGCAAGCAUCUUUAUUAUUACAAGAAAAACACUGACAAACGUCCAACAGGAGUCAUUGUCCUUACCAAUGCCAAAGUCGAAAAAGAUUCUUCAAAAUCUCUCGGUCUCAAACUGUCAGGUCCUAAUUUAUCACGAGUUUAUGAACUUGUGUGUGAAUCCGAAUUAGAUUUCAAAAAAUGGUUCGAUGAAUUGCAACGAGCCAUUGAAUACAAACCCAAAAACGAUCGAAAAGGUCUCGAACAAGCGAAAAAUGAAUUGAAAAAUGAAAGUGCCACUUCGAAAGUGAUCAUGAGCUCGAGUUCAGUCAAGAAGGCAAGUUUGGAUGAUUUUGAUUUGAUUGCUGUGGUGGGACGAGGAUCUUUUGGUAAGGUCAUGAAAGUGAAGAGAAAGAAUACGAAUGAAGUGUAUGCCAUGAAGGUGUUGCGUAAGGAUAUGAUUGUGAAAGAGAAUAUGGUUUCUCAUACAAAAGCUGAAAAGCAAAUUCUUCAAGAAAUUAAUCAUCCAUUCAUUGUGAAACUCUUUCAUGCGUUCCAAACUGAUGAAAAACUCUAUUUGGUACUUCAAUUCCUUCCUGGAGGUGAAUUAUUCUUCCACUUGAAAGAAGAAACCAAAUUCGAUGUGGAACGUGCCAAAUUCUAUGCUGCACAAAUUGUUCUUGCCAUUGAACAUUUACACAAGAAUGAUAUUAUUUAUAGAGAUUUAAAACCUGAAAAUGUAGUUCUAGAUGCUGAUGGUUAUGUCGUUUUGACAGAUUUUGGUUUAGCCAAAACAAACAUUACCAAUGCAACACCAACGUAUACAUUUUGUGGAACUCCUGAAUAUUUGGCUCCUGAAAUUUUGAAAGGACAAGGACAUGCCAAAGCAGUGGAUUGGUGGAGUUUGGGUAUUUUACUCUAUGAAAUGAUGGUUGGAUUGCCUCCAUUCUACUCUGAAAAUAUUAAUGAAAUGUAUGAAUUGAUUUUGAAGGCACCUCUCAAGUUCCCUAAUUUUAUACCUGCAGAUGCUCAAUCCUUAUUGAGAGGAUUAUUAGAGAGAGAAGAAUUUAAACGUUUGGGAGGAGGUCCAACCGAUGCACUCGAAAUCAAGUCACAUCCAUUCUUUUCGAAUAUUGAUUGGGAUCAAUUGUAUGAGAGAAAAUUGGAACCUCCUUUCAGACCUCAACUCAAAGAUGGCGAUGAUAUCAAGUACUUUGAUGAAGAGUUUACAUCGGAGAGAGCAGUGGAUUCAUUUGCAGAGGUGAUUGAUAAGGAAGAGAAUCAAAACUUUGACGAUUUUGAUUUUUCAAGAAAUUAG